CCCGGACCUGCGCACGGGAUCCUUCUCCCCGUCGGCGCCGGCGCAAGAUGGCCAAGCGCACCAAGAAGGUCGGGAUUGUGGGUAAAUAUGGGACCCGUUAUGGUGCAUCCCUUAGGAAAAUGGUGAAGAAGAUUGAAAUUAGCCAGCAUGCCAAGUAUACCUGCUCCUUCUGUGGCAAGACCAAAAUGAAGAGGAAGGCUGUGGGUAUCUGGCACUGCGGAUCCUGCAUGAAGACAGUUGCUGGUGGUGCCUGGACUUACAAUACCACCUCUGCAGUGACAGUCAAAUCUGCCAUCAGAAGACUGAAAGAAUUGAAAGACCAGUAGAAGCUACUUCCUGUUCUCCAUGUGAAACAUCUUUUUUUCCCAUUGUCAAGAUCUGUCCUUUUACCAAUAAAAAGGUGAUAAUGGAGUACAGUAAUGUUCGUCUUUUCUGCAGGAAGUUCUGUCUUUUGUGUUACAUGUGGAUCCUGGCUGGAUGCCAGGUGCCCACCGAAGCUGCUCCAUCACUUCCCUCCUCAGCUGGACAGGGAAGAGAAAAUACAAGGGAACAGUUUGUGGGUUGAGAUAAGGGCAGGGAGAGAUCUAGUUACCUACUUACCAUUACAGACCUGACUUGGGUAAAUUACUUUAGUUUAUUACCAGUCAUAUCAUAUGAUAAUGAGAAAUAAAAUGAGAAAUAAAACCAAAUGUUGAUUCCACUCAA